CAUGGCCGGGCACUCACGGGUUCAGCAGCAACUUCCUGGCGCCGAGGCCGCUCAGCUCCUGCAGGGAGACACCCGUCAGCGGCGGCGCCGCUCAGCCCCACCGCCACCGGUCACUGAGCCCCCCUCACCGUGUCCACGGCGACGAAGGUGGCGGUGCGCAGCGCCAGCACCAUGGAGGGCCACAGCUCCGGGAAGUUGUCGCUCUGCACGUCCACCACCGGCACCCGCCAUCGCUGCGACAUGGCCGCGCCCGGGACCUCCGACGGUGCGGCUGCCGGCGCCGCCGAGCUUGGUGCUCACCGUCCUGCCCUGCGCUGCCUGCCCGGUUCUUGCCAGCCGCCAGCGGGGAUUUUUGUCUCUUCUCCAAAACCCCUUUUUAGCCGAAAUUUGAUGUUUAAGUAAACAGGCGCUCAGCUGGGCAACCCCUUGGGGUCCUUCCGUGAGACCGCUGGGACCGGCGAGAGAAGGCAGAAGCCUCGUUUCUCCCCCGGAGCGCUGAUUGGCUCCGGCGAGCGGGAGGUCCCGCCCCUUCCCCCGGGCUGACCGGGAGGGCGUGAGUCAGCCCGCCCCGCGCUUCGCUCCGAUUGGCUGAAGCGCGGAAAGUGGGCGGGGCGCUGGGAGGGAAACGUUUACCCGGGAAAGUCUCACGUGGCGCCGCCCCGGCUCCCGGUCCCGGGGGGCAGCAGCCGGACAUGAGCCGGGGCCGGGCGGCGGCGGCUGCCGCCGGGGGGCUCCGGAGGAGCGGCUCCAGGGCGGCCCCGCCUGCGCGGAGGAGCCGGAAGGGAGCCUCACCCCGCAAAGCGGCCCCAGCUCCAGCGCCCUCCCCGCCGUCCUCACGGCAUCUCUUCAGUGACCCGGCUGAGACCGAGGCCCUGCGCAGGAACCUGCUGGCUUGGUACGACAGGUGCAAGCGGGACCUUCCCUGGAGGACACGGGCAGCAACUGAGCCAGAUGCUGACAGACGGGCAUAUGCAGUGUGGGUGUCUGAGAUCAUGCUCCAGCAGACACAGGUGGCUACAGUUAUCGACUACUACAACCGCUGGAUGCAGAAGUGGCCAACGCUGCAGGCUCUGGCGCAGGCAUCCCUGGAGGAGGUGAAUGAGCUGUGGGCUGGACUUGGCUACUACUCGAGAGGGAAGCGUCUGCAGGAAGCAGCAAGGAAGGUGAUGUCUGAGCUGGCCGGUCGGAUGCCCAGGACAGCUGAGGACCUGCAGAAGCUGCUGCCAGGAGUGGGCCGGUACACGGCAGCAGCCAUCGCAUCCAUCUCGUAUGGGCAGGCUACUGGUGUUGUGGAUGGGAACGUGAUCCGGGUCCUGUGCCGGCUGAGGUGCAUUGGUGCUGACUCCAGCAGCCCGGCUGUCAUUGACCAGCUCUGGGACAUGGCCAAUGCCCUGGUAGACAGGAGCCGCCCGGGAGAUUUUAACCAAGCCCUGAUGGAGCUGGGAGCAACUGUGUGUGUGCCCAAGGCCCCGCUGUGCGGGGAGUGCCCUGUCAGACAGCACUGCCGAGCAUGGCUCAAGGUGGAGAAGGAGCUGGCCUCUGCCUCUCAGAAGCUGCUUGGGAAAGCCACCCCAGUGCCUGAUGUUGAGGACUGUGGUGCUGGGGGCUGCCCCCUGUGCCCCCCGGCCGCGGAGCCCUGGGACAGCAGCCUGGGGGUCACCAACUUCCCUCGGAAAGCAGCUAAGAAGCAGCCACGGGAGGCGAGAGCAGCCACGUGCGUGCUGGAGUGGAGGGGCUGCCUCAGGGCCCCCCAGUACCUCAUCGUGCAGAGACCCAGCUCAGGUCUCCUGGCUGGGCUGUGGGAGUUUCCAAGUCUCCCAGUGGCUCAGGAUCUACAGGAGCUGAAGCAGAGGGAGGCACUGGCAGAGCACCUCCAGGCCUGGAUAGGGCAGCCUGUGGUGGCUGGAGACCUGCAGCUCAUCGGAGAGGUCGUCCACAUCUUCUCUCACAUCCACCAGACAUACGUGGUCUACUCCUUGUCCCUGGAUGGGGACGUGACCCUGGACCCUGCCUCAUCCCCAUCUCGCUGGGUGACAGAGGAGGAAUUCCAUGCCUCAGCUGUCUCCACAGCUAUGAAGAAGCUCCAGGACCUGGCUGCUCCUCAGCUCUGGGCUCUCCUGUGCUUCCCUCAGAUCCUGAAGGCAUGUGAGAAGCAGCGAGAGAAGGGGAGCAACCCCAGCCAGGGCUCCAAGCGGAAGCGAGGGGCAAAGGCAGGGGGCACAGGCAGCACCGGCCCUGGGACACAGCUCUCCCUCCGCGCCUUUCUCCGGCCACCAACUGCCCCGUGACGGCACCUUCAACAUGGGACCACCAGAGCCCCAACCCACCAGCCUCCCUGGCACCCCUAUGGGGAAUUGUGCCUUGAUGUGGCCCCUAUGGUCCUGGAUGCCCCAGGAGCCACGCUUGCCCUCCUGGGGUUGUUUGGUUCCAUACAAUCACUGCUCCAGCACUGUGGGCUUGUGGCGGCAGGAAGGCUGUGGCCACAGCGCUCCUGCAGCCCUGUCCCUGCAGGCACCUCAUCUGCCAGGCAGGGAUUGUGGAUCCUGCUGUUCCCUUCCCGGCCUCCCACAGCCCUUUUUAUACACUUGUUUUUACUGAACCUGAGCCACAGGCUUUCUAAUAAUAAAUCUAAAGUGUGUGUGGGUUU